AUGUUCCCCGUGAAAGGUAACGAACACGGGGACGGUGCAACAAGCAGUGCCGUUCAAGUUCUGCUCAAGAAAGGGAAGCGUGAAGCUGCCGCGUACAUUCAUUCGGAAUGUACGCGUGACAGAGAUACCAAUCCGCAGUUGAAGGAACUGCUCGACUUUCUGCUGGAUCCUUCGAAACCUCUGGAAGAUUGGGAACUGACAGAUUGGUGUCGUUGGUUGUUAGCUGCGGGGAAGAAUCCCGAUGAAUUUGCGAAAGAUGUUCGAAAAUUUGACUGUGCAACCACAUGUGGACUGGUUUGGACUGCAAAUUUUGUGGCUUAUCGAUGUCGGACUUGCUCUAUUUCGCCGUGCAUGUCCUUGUGUUCAGAAUGCUUUCGCAAAGGCAACCACGUUGGCCAUGAUUUCAAUAUGUUCAAAAGCCAAUCUGGCGGAGCUUGUGACUGUGGUGAUACAACGGUUAUGCGAGAAUCAGGCUUUUGCCAGCGACACGGGCCAAAUGCCCAAGGGCGACAAGUACCAUCUGCUCCUAAAGAUCUUCUGUGUGUAGCUGAGGCGAUGAUGCCUAGAAUAAUCUUGAGAUUAAUCCAGCAUCUCCGAGAACAAGUUGAAAUGGACGUGUACGAGAAAACAGCCAAGCAAUUCGACCUUAUGUUGGAAGCAGACAGUUACUUGGAUAUGCUGCAUAGUUUAAGCGAAAUGGGAACAGCCAUGAGGAAAGUGAUGACGUCGGUACUCACGAAUCCCUCGAUUUACACCAACCAGACAGAACUCACAUCGGGCGAUUCCAAGUAUCAGGAAUACAUGCGAAACUCUCAGAGGUUGUAUGAAGCAGCGCUCGACCAGAUGCCUCUUGCUACGUUUUCGGAUGAAGACUUACAGAGAAAUGAAUAUCCAUGGGUUCAACGGUAUAAGGAAGUGAUGCCGAAGCUGAAAAAGUUCGCCGGUUUUGAUGAGAAGUUGAAGCAUAGAACCUUCCUAGAAGAGUUGGUCUUCUGGACUGUGCGAUAUCAUUUCCCUCAGAAGCUAGUCUGUUUACUCCUGAACAUGCUUCCGGACCAGAACUACAAAGAAGCGUUCACGAGAGCGUUUGUCCUCCACUACAGCAGAAUUUCAAGACUUCUACGAGCUUCUCCAGCCGAUGAAACGCUUCGAAACCGAGUCGUUCAUGUUUCUGUGCAAUUGUACUCUAAUGAAGCUCUGACCCUAAAAAUGGCUGAUGAAAUGGGUCUGCUUCACAUCAUGGUGAUGUCUCUAAAUUCCAUGAUGAUGGGAUUGCUGUGUCCUGCGGUUGACCAGAGACGAUUGGCGUCAAGAUUCACGAUUGACGUGAUCGACGUGGUGAAUCGCCAUAAUGUCCUAAACUGCAAUGAAAUAGUGAUCAAAGAGCACUGUUACUGGCCUCUGGUUUCCGACCUCAACAGUAUUCUUUCUCAUCGUCCUGUUGGCCUGCGCUUUGUAGAUGAGAGCGAAAAUUUGCUUUAUUGGUGGUUCCUCUUCCUGUCAAUGUUCCAAGGAAUGAACGUGAACUACAGAGAACUUACCGAGCAUGUCGAAUAUGAGCCGAACACCUAUUUCGCCGCAUUCACUGCAGAGUUGGAUGCGAGUGCCACUCCUAUGUGGGCCCUUGCCGCCCACUUUGUGACGCCGAAUUCCCUAGACAUGACGAGAAACAUCUUGAAGCAUUGUCUAGAUGCCAUUAGGCAGUGGAUGGAGGAUACUGGAACAUCUGUGACGCAAAUGGUAUUGGAAGAUCAAGUUACCUUCCACCUUCCGUUGCACCGCUUUUUCGCCGUGUUCAUGGCUCAGGCUGUGCGAUAUCAGCAUGCGAGGCCUCAAGAAUUGAUGCCACCGGAAGACCUGUUGGAUCUUAUGAUUCUUCAUCCGUUGCGGAUCCAUGUAUCGUUCUAUGAAAUCUUCUGCGGGCUGUGGGUCCGUAAUGGUUUGCAAAUAAAAGGACAAGCGGACUCUUACAUACAGUGCCAUUAUUGCAACAGUCUGGUUGACCCGGAUUUGUACCUCAUGCAAUUGGGAGCCAUGGUUUUCGAUCCGGAUGAAUACGCUACGCGUAUUUUGCGAAACUUUCACUUGAUGGACUGGCUGAACGUGUUUCAAUCGAGGAAGGUUGACAAGUAUCCUGAUAAGGACCAACAGAUGGGGAUGGUCGAAAGCUGUUUGAUCUUCCUCGCCACUUUGGUCACGACGCGGACAAAUAUUGGCCUGUCGGAAAAGGAUUUACAGCGUCUUGAAAUCGUGACUUUGUUGUGUAUGGGCGAGAAAACUCAUUCCCAGCUUGUUGACCUGAUGCCGGAGAAAGGUGGAGGAGCGUGUCAGAAUCGAGAUUUUGAAGAAAUCUUGGACGAAGUUGCAUGCUACAAGGCACCUAAUUUCGAAAGUGGCAGUGGUCAAAUGCAGCAAGGAAUGUAUGCACCCAAGGCCGAGUCUUGGGAGGAGUUGUAUGAUCCGUUGUACGUGUUACUUCGCGCUGUGCAACGCAAAGAAUUCCAGACGUCGUUGGAUCGAUUGACGGCUCAGACAAAGCUGUCGGGAAAGUACAAAUGGAGUGGCUCGCCCUGGCCUCCGUUCAGGAUCCCAGCGCCACCGAAAUGGGGCUAUGAGAAUCCAGUUCGAAUCUUACAGUCGAGAAGCUUCCAAGCUGUACUCUUCGUCUUACUGUUUCGUGCCUUGGAGGAUCCUAGAGUCACCGACCACGUGAUGGCCUUAUCAAUUUACCUGCUUGACUUGGUCGUAUCAUUUUCUCCGCAAGUGGACGGAAGCAGUCUUGAGAUACCCGGGGAAACUCGUUCCCAACCUGACAUCGAGGUUCCAGACGGUGAUUACAAAGCAUGGUUUGAAGACGAUAAUCUUUCAAGAAAUCUUCGGACAAAUAUCAGUGCAAUUUAUCGCUACGUUGCGGUGUGCGUACCGUCUACGGAAGUGUUCGAAUCCCCAGAAACGCCCUCUACUGCUGAAGGCUUGGUCAUUGAUGUCGACGAUGAUUCCGACACCCAGGAAUUUUACGACGGAACAGUUGGAGAAGUCGUCGAAGUCCUGAGUCAGGAUAACGAUUCGGAUGAAGGCGCUGCUCGAGAGGAAUCCUCCACGUACAGCUCCGGUUCAUUCCACGCCGCGGAAGAAAUGGAAACCUCGGAGUAUCAACCGGAACCUGCCCAAUCCGUUUCUGCGCCUUCAAGUGCCGAAGGGGAAGGAUCCGAUUCUUGGGCAUUAGUUGAAACGCCUCCAGUGAAUUUCCGACAACUGCAGCUCCGCGCUGCUCGCAUUGUUGCGCAUCAUAGCAAUCGAGGUACUCUUGAAACUAUUCCGAGAUUAAUGCUAUUGGCUGGAAAUGAAAUUGGUCUGUCGGCGGACCCGUCACGGAAAUCCGUCAUCACGUACAAGAAGCAGUCGAUACCUUUUUCUAUUGGCAUUAUUCAACACUACGUAUCGGCUGGAAGAUCGAUGCCGUAUGAGGGCAUAAAAGCUAUCAGUGUCCGAAGUCCGGUGAACACACGAGUGUCCAUAAAUCCGUCGUACAGCAUCAUCUCCAUUUUACUCAAGUUACAUUCAAAACUGAGUGGCAAGCCAGAUUCUUAUGAACCGCCUACGUCAUUGGAAAUUCGACCUCCUGUGAAGCAUGACAAAGAUAGCGGACCUUUUAUUUCCGAUCCCGAAGGUCGCAUUGGAGAUGGGCCAUUCUUCAUCAAGAAGGUUCUUGACAAAAUCUGUCGCCUCGAUGUUAAAAACGUCGAGUAUAUCGAAAUGUUGCGGAGUAAAUUGUGGCCAAAGGCGAGUCGAGAAGAGCAACAAGAGCGAGCCCGUCAAGUCGACCGUGACGAACGCCGUCGUAAAGCGCGAGAACGUCAGCAGAAGUUGAUGGCCGAGUUCGCAUCCAAACAGCGACAAUUCAUGGAAAAAACUCGUGAAACUGAUGAAUCGAUGGAUACUGAAGAGGCGUGCGCCAGUAGCGAGCCGUCGACUCAUCGUGAUGUGGAGGCUGUGAUGAAGAAUUACGACUGUGGUAUCUGUGGGCAAUCUGCACCUAGUACAGAGGAGCGACCGAUGGCAUUGGUAGUCCUCAUCCAGCGCACCAGCGUAACAGGUCACCGUCAUCGAAAUACGGUCAAUCUGGAACUCCCGGUCACGGAGUCGGAAGAGAAAAUAUUUUCAAUUGCCGAUACUGUUUCGAAGAACUCUCUGGGUGCGCAGAUGCGGAAACGCGCCGAAAUGAUGACGAGAGAAUUCGAAGUUACGCGUCUAUUUGCCAUCAACGAAGGUUAUAUGAAUGGUGUUCACAUUCAAACCUGCGGCCAUUAUUUGCACAUAGACUGCCAAGAAGCGUAUUUGAAAUCUCUUACCGGUCAGCGUGGGAAUCUGAUCGAAUUCACUCACGGCGAGUUCAUCUGCCCUCUGUGUCGUCAGUUUGCAAAUAUGGUUCUUCCUAUAACUCCGAUGAGGUCCGGUGGAUUCCCAUUAGGUUCAUCACUUGGAGCGGGAGCUUCGCAAACGAGUGUCAUCAAUGCACUAUUCAAAUAUUACAAGGAAAUGAUCCCGGAGGUAUCGAAUGCAAGCUCUGCCUGGAGAGUAGCUGUCUCUAAGUUUUUGGAGCGUAUUCAAAUGCGUAAUCCAAAAAAGUUGGUUGGAAGCUAUUCUAAAGGAGAAUCGCCAGCGCCGCUGCCGUCGAUAUUAAGGACAAAUUUCGAAGCGGAGCUGAUCGCGAGAAACGGCAGUCUGGCGGGUAACCAGGACCCCUUCAAUCGUCGCUGUUGUUUCGUGCCACUUCUGGAUGCCAUCCGAUCAACGUGGGAGGAUUCGUUUGCAAAGGAAAUCGUUCAGAAUUUCACACCGUACACCAUCGGAAAUGGAGAUGAGAGCCCUUCGACGGCGUCGAAUGUUCCUGUUUUGCUGCAAGAUCCUGUGACAGUUCUGUUUGCGCAUCUUGUUGUGCCGCCGUUGAGUAACGACAUAGGAGCUUUCACGGCGUUCGUCAGGCUGCUGUAUGCUGUGGGUUAUGUGCAGAAUUUGACUGCUGCGAUAUGUCUAAUGACGGAACCGUGCAGGGCAAGAUUCGCUGCCUACGUUUUGGAAAACGCUGAUCGAGAUGGUGGUUCUAUGACGAAUCUCGCGAGUGUCGGAAGUUUGGUGAUAAAAACAAUCGGUACUUCGUACUUGCUGCCCAUUGACCAGACGCGCCAAGAGGAGGAAACGCGUCAUGAUUUGUCCUCUGUGGAUGCCGUGGACCGAGCAAUCCGUGCCGGAUUAGUUCACUUGCUUCGAUUGGCGAGUUUAUUGAGGUUCUACAUCUUCGAAGAUCCGCUUUUAUCCGCGUCUCAGGGGCACUUGAGUGGAAACAGCAACGAGUUUGACAAACUCUGCAAUUACCUACGUAUAAAUAUGCUGGACGGUACGAGGUCGGUGUUGAGUGGAGAUUGUGCGAGAAGAUUGCAUUGGCACGUGCAGAAUCCGGAAGGAGUCGUUGGCCGAUGGGUCGGCGAACUCGUGCAGAAGACAGACGUUAUUUGUCCUUUGACGAUCAGGCGGAUUCUCAUUCAGCAGCAGCUCAUUUGGGAGCAACCGAGACUGUUGCAACUUCCGCAUGAAUACGAUGCAAUUUUUAGAGUUUACCAUUCAAUGUCGUGCUUUAACUGCAAAUCAGUUCCGAAAGACCCUGCGAUUUGCUUGGUGUGUGGGACUUUAGUCUGCAUGAAGGACCAGUGUUGCAAAACGAAAGCCUUCGAAGCCGUCACGCAUUCGCUUGAUUGCGGUGCCGGUACCAGCAUGUUUUUGGCAGUGAACACGUCACUCAUCAUUGUGAUUCGUGGACGAAGAGCUUGUUUUUGGGGCUCUUGUUAUCUGGAUGCUUUUGGAGAAGAGGAUCGUGACUUGAAGCGUGGGAAACCGCUUUAUUUGUGCAAGGAACGUUACAAGCUCUUGGAGAAGCAAUGGAAGACUCAUAUGUUUGACCGCACCGCGAAACGCUGGCUUCCCCACAAGGACCAGUUGUAAAGACAAUUCGGACGUCGAUCUGAAUUCGUGCUCUGCUGGUUUUUCUAGUCAAAAUUGUUCAUUAUUUUUCCUUGAAUCAAACCACCAUGUCUGCAUUCGGUUUGUUUCUGCGCGUGAAGACGGAGAGAAAUCGUGCGUUUCAACUCUGGUUUUUCUGUGGAUUGACUAACGCGUAUGAUGCAAGUUUGCUGAAUUUUAAACAAGAGCCGUUUAGCAUACUGUGCAUUGGAGGUUUAUCUGAGCUUGUUGAAUGACUCGACGGUUUCUGGCACAACUUUCCAGAUAUGCAACGCUACGGAAUGAAAAUUAGGUAUUUCGUGCUUGUUUUUCUAAGGCUCAUGAAAACUUACUAAUUGAAACAUUAAAAAUGAGGUCUAGCAUACUGAGACCAUUUUCUUGUCCUGAGAUCUUUCGUCUAGCAUAAGUUGAUCCACGUUAAUGUGGGCUGUGAUUGACCUGAAGAAGUGGCUAGUGUGCUUUUUAAUUUGGUCUCGAAUGAGGAAUUGAAACAUUGUUUUUUUUUUUUGCUGUUGGAAUCUUUUUUUUUACAUUUGACCUCUGUGCUGGUACAUCGAGAUAAAUUUUCUUUCCUGGCUGAAAACUUGAAUACUCUUGAUCAUCCCGGAUCCAUGUUUCCUCUAUUCUUCUUACGCCUUUCUUCAAAGAAAUAUUCGCGCGUUCGUAAUUAAAGUGUAAGCGGGCCUGAUCAAUUUUCGCCUUCCGUUUUUUUAGGAGGUAGCUGUGUUGAAUUGAAUGCUUGAUUGUGUUGCGAUGUUGUCUCGGAUUUUUGGGAAAAUUGGUUUUUUGGGAUUUGGCUGAGACAUUUGACGUUUGCGAAUAAAUCUCUGCAUGAAAUAA